UAAUGCAUUUGGGUUGAUAAGAUUUUUGCAUUCUAUUAAUACUAUAAUAAUUUCUAUUUCUAAUAUUUUGAGCCUAUUUUGAAUGUGACUGUCAUCAAGAAUAGUUCAAUCAUGUCUUCUAAUAACGAACGUUUAGGAGAGAAUUUGUAUCUUUUAUCAAAAAUUCGUGUUCCUACACCUUCGCACACAACAAGUGGACUAGGAUACCGUCAUUUUCAGGCAUUCCUAAUGUUUGCCGGAAUGGUCUUCAGCUAUUUCUUGCGAGUAAAUAUCUCAGCUGCAAUAGUUCCAAUGACUCAGCCACCAAAAUAUCGAGCAACCGCAUAUUACGAUUGGGACAAUGGUACGCGAUCUUUGAUUUUAAGCAGUUUCUUUUGGGGCUAUGUAGCUGCACAAUUUCCAUCUGGAAUAUUAGCCAAGCGUUAUGGACCAAAAAUUGUUCUUUCUAUGUCAACAAUUUUCUGCUGCAUUGUAACAGUGUUUACACCAUGGGCAGCCAAAAUUGGCGGUUGGCAAUUUAUUAUCGCUUUAAGAAUUCUAGCCGGAUUGACACAAGGUGCUGUUUAUCCUUGUAUGCAUACUUUAUUGGCUAAAUGGGCUCCAUGUACGGAAAGAGGAGUUUUAUCAUCAGUGGUGUAUUCGGGAGCACAAUUGGGAUCAGCUACUAUUUUAUUAACCAGUGGAUUUAUAAUCGAUUCGAGUUGGGGUUGGCCUGGAGUAUUUUACAUUUCGGGGGCAUUGUGUUUAAUAUGGGCUGUGGCAUUCCAAUUAUUUGGAGCUGAUUCACCGGAAGUGUGCAAAAAUAUAUCGAAGGAAGAAAAGGAAUACAUUCAAGCUUUAACAGGAGGUCAAGCUAAUACUCAGGCAAUGACUAUUCCAUGGAUGUCAAUGUUUACUUCGCUACCAUUCUUUGCUCUGAUAGCAGCUCAUUGUGGAUUUACAUUUGGAUUCUAUACUUUACUAACCGAAAUUCCAACUUAUCUCAAUCAUGUUCUUAAGAUGGAUGUUAAAUCAAACGCAAUAUUCUCAGCUUUACCAUACUUGGCUAUGUGGAUGUUAAGUUUGAUCGUUAGUCCAAUCUCAGAUGCUUUGAUUAAUAGAAAAUAUCUAAGUGUAACAGCUUCAAGAAAAAUGUUCAAUACAAUUGGACAAUGGGUACCAAUGGUUUGUUUGAUUGCUUUGGGUUAUAUGACAAGUGAAAAUAAGCCAAUAGCAAUAACUUUGUUAACAAUUGGUGUUGGCUUGAAUUCAGCUUCAAUUGUUGGAUAUAUGGUUAAUCAUAUGGAUUUGUCACCGAAUUUUGCUGGUACGAUGAUGGGAAUUAGUAAUGGAUUGUCGAAUAUAUUGUCUAUAUGUGGACCACUUGUGGUGGGAGCUGUUGUUGAUGAUGAGAGUAAUCCAGAUGAAUGGCGUAUUGUCUUUUAUAUCACUGGAGUGGUUUAUCUUAUCUGUAAUUCUUUGUUUUUGAUCUUUGGCUCAGGAGUUAUUCAGAAAUGGAAUGAACCAACAGCAGAAUGGUGCAGUCGAAACACAUUAAAUUCGAAUGUGUCACUAGAUAAUAAACUACCAUCAGUUCCAGGAAAGCCAUAUUAAUAAUAUAAUAUAGAUAAGUUAAUUAAUUAUUUAGCAUUACCAUGAUCUCUAUAAGAAUUUUAAAUUAUUUAAUAUUUUUUUAUACGAAAAACAAAUAAAACAAUAUUUUACUAAGAAAACAAACAAAACUAUAUCAAUUGUAUU